CUUGCUUUCCCUCCAAUACCAUCUCCAAUUCCAUAAAGAAUUCCAAGAUCAUUCCUUUCUCUUCCACCGCUCUAUAUAAACCCCCUCUUCAGCACUCCUUCCCAUUCGCUCACUAUUUACUUACACAGAGAGAGAGAGAGAGAGAAACAAACACUUUCUAGAGAGAGAAAGCGAGAGAGGCAAAGAAAACGAAAAACCAGAGAAAGAGAGAGAGAAAGACAGAAAGAAAGAAACUUUGAGGCAAUCAGACAAGAAUGGCAGAUCAACAGCUCAUUCAGAAACAAGACGUGAUUCAACAAAACCCUCUCGAAUCUCCUCCGCAAUACUCCACGGAGCCCCCGGACUUCUCGGUCCUCCGCCUCGACCCCCACUCCUCUCCCUGUGCUAACUGCGGCUUCUCCGGCGCCGGCGCCGGCAACGGCAAUCCCCUCAAACGGCCAUCGCCGACGUCCACCGACUCCCAACAACCCAAGCCCAAGAAGCUCAUUCUUGACGACUCUACCACCACCACCGCUUACCCUCUCCUCCGCUGCACCAUCUCCGGACCUCCUUCUCUGGCUCCGGAUUCCGGCUCGGGCUUGAGCAUUUCGUCGAAUGCGUCUCCGUCGGCCAAGACCACGCCCAAUUCGGACUCCACCACCCCCCGCUCGGCCGCCGCUCUGCCUCCUCGGCCGCCGCCGCUCCGGCGAUCCAUCUCCGCUCCCAUUCCGAUUCCGUCCCCGGAGAAAUCGCUCUCGAGAACCUCUAGCUCCAAUGUGUUUGACCAGACUGACAUUUCAAAGAAUCUGACAAAGAUAAGGAAUUGUUGGAAGGUGAUUAACAUGUGGAUGGAAGAGUUCGUGGGAGUUGAACAUGAAUCAGAUGACCAAACUGAAUCACUAAGGUCCGAGGAAGAAAAUGGAGUCGUCGAAACGACAACAUAUCACAGUAACGACAAAGAGAUCAACCCCGCUAAGGGUACUGAAAGAGAAUUGGAGGAGUCACUUAGUGUGGAGAGAAAUGGGAACUACCUAAACAUUCACUUCAAGUGUCAGUGUGAAAAAGGAUAUCAUUUCCUUCUUGUUGAUGGAAGUUGCUUCUACAAGCUUAUGUAG